CGGCUCCAGUCAGUACUGCAGUGGAUUAGUCAGCUGCAUUUAGUGCAGAGGCAGAGCAGCAGCUUCGGGGCCGGCGUGCGAGUGUCUGAUCUUCAAGAUGCAGCGCAUCUACAUGCACAGCAAUGAACACUUUGAAGUCUUCACCACUGUCCUUGCUCCUCAAGGGAGGCAUCGGUACAGGGCAGAAGCGGAGACGAUGGUAGUAGUGCACAGCUACCGGCCAAACUGGCCCGACGAGCUGGAGCUGUCUCUGGGUGACGUCAUCCUGGUGCUGCCCAAGCGCGAGGAGGAGAGGUGGUACGGGCGGCUGCAGGGCGGCCAGCAGGGAUACUUCCCCGCCUCCUGUGUGAUGGAGCUGAGCCAGGUUGGUUGGCCUCGUGCCGGAUGUGCUCAGCAAUGUGCGCGCGCUGCCGCGGAACCUUCCUUCCCAAAGCCCUACGGAGGAAUAAACAGGCCCUUUGUGUUUGUAAUUUCCUCUUUGUCCCCCAGUGGACACAUUGGGCAGGCCCUGCGGAGGGGAAGCAGAGGAGUUGGAGGAGGAACGGUGCUGGACGGGGGCCAAGGUGAGAACGAGGGCCCCUUACCGGCGAGGAGGCCCCGGAUCACUGCGCCGCAGCCCGUGGCCUCCCAACCUGCGACACACAGAUCCCCGAGUCUGCUCCACAGGAUCUUGUCCAAAUGCCGGAAAAAGAGUGAAUGCCGGGGCGCCACCAACGGGGCCUUCGAGGGCGACUAAGAGGCCCCCCUCUUUGUUCACUUCGGUGGGGCUGCGUUGUAUGUUGAAUGUGGGUGAACGGAGGAAUAUCUAAAGUGUGAAAAUACAGGAUCUUAUAUAUCGUCAUGUGGGCCCAUAUUCAUUUCCACUCCAGGUCUUCAGGACUUGGCUGCAUCAGUAGAAGCGAGAGGAUGAAUUGUGAGUGUAUGAACUUAAAUCGAUGAUGUCACACAGGGGGUUUUGCAUUGGUCUUGUGUGACAAGUGUAACAAGGUUUAAUGUACAGAGAGCUGAGCAGCUGCUGUUUUCUUCCCUAUGUUUUCAUCGUGACAAGAUCAAAUGCAGGUUUUAAGUUCAUAAUGGAAAUAUUACUAUAUAUAUAUAUAUAUAUAUAUAUAUAUACACCAAUUAUGGUAAUAAUAACAAAAUAAUCUUAUGACAAAAUAAGAAUUAGUGUCAGUCAAUGAAGCAACGAGAUAUUUAACCGAUCAAAUGUAGCCUUAAGAGGAAUGUUAUUAAUAUUGUCUGUGCACAUUCUGUUCGAUUAUGCAUAUUUAUAUUUAUAUACUAUGUCUGCUCAUUUCUAAACUGUUGAUAUCUGUAUAUUUUCCUGCUUAACAUCAAAUCAUUUUAUAAGUAUAAAACCCACAGACCCUCACAGA